GGACUCCGAGCCGGGAGUAGACUCAACGUCCAGCUUGGCGUUGCUAGGCAACCCCAGGAGGCGGGCCCAGCGCCGAGGGAACGGAGCUGGCCCCGCCUUUCCCUGCACCCCAUUGGCUGUUAUCUACGUGGUACCGCCUCCAGGGGCCGGAGGUAAAGGCUAGCGCCUCCGAGGCGGCCCGCCCCGGCCGGCGCGCUCUGACGUCACGUCCGGCGGCGGCGGCGGCGGCGGCAGCGUCUCUGCACGGUCGGCCCGGCACUUACCGCCGGGGCAGUCGACGGACCAUGGACGGCUCCUUCGUCCAGCACAGUGUAAGGGUUCUGCAGGAGCUCAACAAGCAGCGGGAGCGGGGCCAGUACUGCGACGCCACCCUGGACGUGGGGGGUCUGGUGUUCAAGGCGCACUGGAGUGUCCUCGCCUGCUGCAGCCACUUCUUCCAGAGCCUCUAUGGGGAUGGCUCGGGGGGCAGUGUCGUCCUCCCUGCCGGCUUCGCUGAGAUCUUUGGCCUCCUGCUGGACUUUUUCUACACUGGCCACCUCGCCCUCACCUCGGGGAACCGGGAUCAGGUGCUCCUGGCAGCCAGGGAGUUGCGGGUGCCAGAGGCUGUAGAGCUGUGCCAGAGCUUCAAGCCCAAAGCCUCAGUGGGACUGGCACCAAGUGGCCACAGCGGGCUGGGGAAACCCGCCCCUCGGGAUGUGAACAGCCACCUCAAGGAGCCAGCAAGCUUGGAGGAAGAGGAAGUUUCGAGGACACUGGGUCAAACCCCCAGGGAUCAGGAGCUCAGCGGUAGUCCCAGCCUCCAGAGGUGCCAGCUUGGUCUCCCUGCUCAGAGUGAGAACCCCUCCUUCCUCCGUGGGAAACUCAAGCAGGCUCUGAAGCUUUGUCCCCCUGAGGACAAGGAGCCUGAGGAUUGCAGAGUGCCCCCAAGGCCCUUUGAGGCUGAAGGUGUCCAGCUGCAGGGCGGGAGUAACGAGUGGGAAGUGGUGGUUCAAGUUGAGGAUGAUGGGGAUGGCGAUUAUGUUUCUGAGACUGAGACUGUGCCGACCAGGAGGAAAUCAAACGUAAUCAGAAAGCCCUGUGCUGCCGAGCCGGCCCUGAGUGCAGGUUCCCGGGCAGCCGAGCCUGCUGAGAACAGAAAAGGUACAGCGGUGCCGGUUGAAUGCCCCACAUGUCAUAAAAAGUUCCUCAGCAAAUAUUAUCUAAAAGUUCACAACAGCAGGAAACACACUGGGGAGAAACCCUUCGAGUGUCCCAAAUGCGGGAAGUGUUACUUUCGGAAGGAGAACCUCCUGGAGCACGAAGCCCGGAACUGCAUGAACCGCUCGGAACAGGUCUUCACGUGCUCUGUGUGCCAGGAGACAUUCCGCCGGAGGAUGGAGCUGCGGGUGCACAUGGUGUCCCACACGGGGGAGAUGCCCUACAAGUGCUCCUCCUGCUCCCAGCAGUUCAUGCAGAAGAAGGACCUGCAGAGUCACAUGAUCAAGCUGCACGGAGCGCCCAAGCCCCACGCGUGUCCCACCUGCGCCAAGUGCUUCUUGUCCCGGACGGAACUGCAGCUGCACGAAGCCUUCAAGCACCGCGGGGAGAAGCUCUUUGUGUGUGAGGAGUGCGGCCACCGGGCGUCCAGCCGAAACGGCCUGCAGAUGCACAUCAAGGCCAAGCACAGGAACGAGAGGCCGUACGUCUGUGAGUUCUGCAGCCACGCCUUCACCCAGAAGGCCAAUCUCAACAUGCACCUGCGCACGCACACAGGCGAGAAGCCCUUCCAGUGCCACCUCUGCGGCAAGACCUUCCGCACCCAAGCCAGCCUGGACAAGCACAACCGCACCCACACCGGCGAGAGGCCCUUCAGCUGUGAGUUCUGCGAGCAGCGCUUCACGGAGAAGGGGCCCCUGCUGAGGCACGUGGCCAGCCGCCACCAGGAGGGCCGGCCCCACUUCUGCCAGAUCUGCGGGAAGACCUUCAAAGCCGUGGAACAGCUGCGCGUGCAUGUGAGGAGGCACAAGGGGGUCAGGAAGUUCGAGUGCACGGAAUGCGGCUACAAAUUCACCCGGCAGGCCCACCUGCGGAGGCACAUGGAGAUCCACGACCGGGUGGAGAACUACAACCCACGGCAGCGCAAGCUCCGGAACCUGGUCAUCGAGGACGAGAAGAUGGUGGUGGUGGCGCUCCAGCCGCCCACCGAGCUGGAGGUGGGCUCGGCUGAGGUCAUCGUGGAGUCGCUGGCCCAGGGCGGCCUGGCCUCCCAGCUCCCUGGCCAGAGACUGUGUGCGGAGGAGAGCUUCUCGGGCCCGGGCGUCAUGGAGCCCUCGCUCAUCAUCACGGCCGCUAUCCCCGAGGACUGUGACACGUAGUCCUGCCCCCCUCGCCAACCCCGCGGCCCCCAGCCCACUUGGCCCCAUCCCCCAAUAAACCAGAUGGCUUUGGACUCAGUUGUUC